UCUUUCUCUGCUUGAGCUCCAUGAUGGAUUUCUGUUCGACUCCUACGUAGCCUGAAAGUGGGAGGGGACUGUCCAUUCUUCCUGCGUUUUCAUUGGUUUUACAGUCCUCUCGGCGGUGAGGGGGGUGCCUCUAAUCAUAUCCAGCAUGUUUUGCACAAGAAAUGUCAGCCAGAAAGGGCUAUCUUCUCCCUUCGCCAAAAUACACUACAAUAAUGUCAUGUUCGGACAGCCCGUCUGGAAACGCAUUUUUAGUGGACUCCCUGAUCAGCGCCCGCACCGAGAGCGGAGGGGGUCACUAUGCCGGGAGUGCGGUGUGCGUGCCGCACAGCACCGCAGCAGAAGUGCCUUACGGACUACACAACUAUGGAUACUUCCCAGGUAUGACUAAACGGAACGAGGUCGGUCCCCAGAAUGUGGUGUCCACCUCAGGUGCAUACAUGUCCAGCAUGGAGAUGUGGAUGGACGCGCAGAGGUCAUGUCGUAUGGACCAAGAGCACUCUGUGGGUCCCCAGGUCGCACCGUGCACUUUCCCGCAGAACAUCAAGGAAGAGAGCGCCUACUGCCUGUACGAGCAACCCAAGUGUCCCAAAGCGUCCACCGCCGAAGACCUUACAUAUUCAAGAUUGACUUCUUCUUGCACAGUCACCGAUGGCGGCGGUGGUGGUGGUGGUGGUGGAGUUGGGGGCGGCGGGGGGUCGGUGCCUGUGCCGGGCUUCUUCCGCUUGUCUCAGACGCACGCACAUUCUCAUAAACUUUACAGCGCCAACAACGGCCCCCAGUCGAACCCUUCCCCUUCCCAUUCUCAUUUCGGCCUGCAGCACCCCGCCGAUCACGCUCGCUUCCACUCGCCACCAACCUCUGCGUCUGUCCCAACCACGGCGGAGAAGAAGGGGAAGGACGCGGAGGAAGCCACAGACCUGCCACCUCAAGCUGCGUCGGGCACCGAGGAGGGGCGCGACUCCUCGGACGGGGAAGCCUCCUCUGCAGAGGAGGUGGAGGAGAAUGACAAGGAGAGAGCGGCGAAGGCCAAUAAAGGAGACACAAAAAGCGAAAACACGGCCAACUGGCUGACAGCGAAAAGUGGCCGAAAGAAACGCUGCCCGUACACCAAACACCAGACGCUGGAACUGGAGAAGGAGUUCCUCUUCAACAUGUACCUGACCCGAGAGCGCCGCCUAGAGAUCAGCAAGAGCGUCCACCUGACGGACAGACAGGUCAAGAUAUGGUUCCAGAACCGCAGGAUGAAGCUUAAGAAAAUGACGCGUGAGAAUAGGAUCCGGGAGCUCACCUCCAACUAUGGAUUUUCAUGAUAAACAGCAACGAC